AAGCGCGACAAGAAAUGAUGAGACGUUUGGCGCGGUUGGUAGACUAGCUGCUGACGGCGGAGGGAGAGGAACUGGGGUUAGGACCGUCGUUCGGCUGCUUUUUUACUAUUCCCUCUCGGAGAAACAACCAAGAGACUGGAAAAGGAAAGAAAGAGAACGAGAGAGUUGGUGCUACUGAAGUUGUUUUCCCGUCAUUCUCCCGUCAGCCGUCUAUCGAAGCUUGCCCUGGGCAGGCAGACGGAAAUACCUUGAAAAUGCCUCCCAUCGACACCGGGAAGAAUGAACUCAAAACUCGGAUACAGGAGCUUAUCGACACCAAUCAAGUGAUCGUUUUUAGCAAAAGCUACUGUCCGUAUUGUGUAAAGGUAAAAGACUUGUUCAAAGAGCUGAAAGUCGAGUGCAAGGUGGUGGAGCUGGAUCUCAUAGAGGAUGGAACAAACUACCAGGAGAUGCUGCUUGAGAUGACUGGCCAGAAAACAGUACCAAAUGUCUUCAUCAGUAAGACGCAUGUUGGUGGCUGCGACAAAACACUGCAGGCCCAUAAAGACGGCAGCCUGCAGCAGCUUCUGAACGGAGAAAAUGAAGCUUACGACUACGACCUGAUCGUCAUUGGAGGAGGCUCUGGAGGUCUGGCCUGCUCAAAGGAAGCCGCUAAUUUGGGGAAGAAGGUCAUGGUACUUGACUAUGUGGUGCCUACACCAAAAGGAACCACCUGGGGUCUCGGUGGAACCUGCGUGAACGUUGGCUGCAUCCCCAAGAAGCUGAUGCACCAGACGGCUAUGCUGGCCACAGCCAUGCAGGACGCCCGCAAGUUCGGCUGGGAGUUCGACGAGACAGGUGAGGGCUCAGGGCAGCGACCCAGGAGGUCACGGAGGGGGCACAUAACACCAGCUUGCCAUGUGAAACACAACUGGGAGACGAUGAAGACGGCAGUGAACAACUACAUUGGCUCACUGAACUGGGGUUACAGGGUGGCACUGAGAGACAAGAAUGUCAACUAUGUCAAUGCCUAUGCAGAAUUCAUUGAACCACACAAAAUCAAGGCGACAAACAAACGAGGGAAAGAGACGUUUUACACAGCGGCCAAGUUUGUGUUAGCUACGGGUGAGAGGCCACGCUACCUGGGCAUCCCUGGAGACAAGGAGUACUGCAUCACCAGUGACGACCUCUUCUCGUUGCCGUACUGCCCUGGAAAGACGCUGGUGAUCGGGGCGUCGUACGUGGCUCUGGAGUGUGGCGGCUUCCUGGCCGGCCUGGGACUGGACGUCACCGUCAUGGUGCGGUCCAUCCUGCUGAGGGGCUUCGACCAGGACAUGGCUAACCGUGCCGGAGAACACAUGGAGGAGCACGGUGUCAAGUUCCUCCGCAAAUAUGUCCCUACAAAGAUUGAGGAGCUGGAAGCAGGCACUCCAGGCAGGCUGAAGGUGACAGCCAAGUCUACAGAGUCUGACGAGGUCAUUGAGGGCGAGUACAACACGGUGUUGAUAGCAGUGGGCCGAGACGCAUGCACUGACAAGAUUGGCCUGGACAAAACAGGGGUCAAAGUCAACCCAAAGAAUGGAAAAAUUCCAGUGAACGAUGAGGAGCAGACAAAUGUGCCUCACAUCUACGCCAUUGGAGACAUUCUGGAGGGAAAGUGGGAGCUGACACCUGUCGCCAUCCAGGCUGGCAAGCUGUUGGCACGACGUCUCUAUGGAGGAUCCACAGUGAAGUGUGACUACAUCAAUGUUCCCACCACUGUUUUCACCCCGCUGGAGUACGGCUCCUGUGGCCUGUCAGAGGAGAAAGCUAUUGAGCUGUACGGGCAGGACAACAUCGAGGUUUAUCACAGUCUGUUCUGGCCUUUGGAGUUCACUGUGCCUGGCAGGGACAACAACAGAUGCUACGGCAAGUUAAUCUGCAACAGGCUGGACAAUGAUCGAGUCAUCGGAUUCCACUACCUCGGCCCGAAUGCAGGAGAAGUCACACAGGGCUUUGGUGCAGCCAUGAAAUGCGGUGCCACCAAAGAGCAGCUGGACGGCACCAUCGGCAUCCACCCAACCUGUGCUGAGAUCUUUACCACUUUGGACGUGACGAAGAGCUCCGGCAACGACAUCACCCAGGCUGGUUGCUGAGGUUAAACCCUGCUCGUUUAGCCGGCUGCUCUCACCUUAAACUCCACUUUGAAACUCCCUCCUCUUAGAUGCCAGUCAGCCUUUAACAGCUCAGCCUCAUUUCCAGCCACUUCUCAGGACAAACCUAACAUCAUUUCCAGCGUCUGAAUGGGUGAAAGCGCUCAUUUAGGGAGCUAAGUGGCGACUGUUCGAGGCCGAGUCUCUGGCUGAGGGAGUUUUGCUCUGAGGGCAGCCUGCUGAACAGCGGGGUUACUCUGCUAUUUUACUGGGCUCCACCAGCGUGUUCUUCUCAGAGGAAGCACCAGCACACAUUACUGCUGAGUAAGUGUGUGUUUGGGCUGUUUUUGACAUCCUCGCCCGUAACCUGAAAUACUGAGGUGGGCCAGGAUCGAUGUCUCUUUGUAGAAGCACCUGGUGGUGGUCCAAACUAUUCGUCCAACCCCCAACUUCAAACACUUCUUAUUUGCCCUCCAGGGGGUACUCAAACUAAAAUCUACAGAUUUAAAUUGACACCAGAAUGGUUUCACGGCUGUGGUAGAAUAUCACCGCGCCUUCAUCAUUCCUGAAAGAUUAAUCUGAGAUGUGUACAUGUCGUCGUCAAUAUUUAUAUUUGCUUCAUGGAGGCGUCAGAGUUUUCUUCCUUGAAGACGACUCUGUCUCUGCAGAGGUGUAAACACCCUGCAGACCUGCUUCUUUCAACUCAGAAACACUUUGAAACAAUUGACAGGAAAGUUCAAACUAAAUUUUACUCAGUUAAUUUAAUGCUUGUUUGUUGCUUCUCGCUGUUUGCCUCUGCAUCAUGUGUAUGUAUAAGAUAUAUUCGAUCCUGUAGAGGACGGUAUUCUGGCUGCUGUUAGUGAGUGACAUUGGUCAUCUGUAUAAAUGACUUGUUUGUUGGUGUCAGACCACUAUAGACUACUUUCUCUCAACAUUUAAUAAAGGAUGGAUUCACCUUCA